CACCCAGUUUUCACCACGACAUCCCGUCACGUCACAGGUGAGAGAGAGUUGAGCCGAGUCCUGCUGUCAGAUUAUCGCAGAUCGCGCUAGACUUUUGCGAUUUUCUCUAAAUUUUUUGUGAUUUUGUGCAUCGCCUGUUGGCUGUGAUAUUGUGAAGAUGAUGAGCCUGGAGUGAACUACAUAUUAUGUUUCGGCAAAGAGCUAAGCUGGCCCAUAGGGUGACAGCGCAACCGAAUGGUGCCUCCGCCUUUCCAGCCCAAAACGCCAACUCAAACCCCCAAUACCCGACUGCUCCCACGCCCCCUGCUUUCUACAACCCCAAUGCCGUAGGAGCAGCACCCGCACCAUCGCCUGGUCUAUCCCCUCAGCAGAGUUGGCAGCAGCCUGCUCAGCAACAACAACAACAAUGGUACCCUCAGCAGCAGCAGCAGCAGCAACAACAACCACAGCAACCACAGCAGCCUAAAUAUCCCCAGCAGCCCCAGAUGCAGAACAACAACCAAGAAUGGUGGAAUAACUGGGACCAGCAGCAAUCUCAGUGGGAACCAGUGGACCAGACCCAGAAUCAACAGUGGAAUCAGCAACCGCCUCCUCAGCAACAGCAACAGUCUCCUCAGCAGCAGCAACAACUCCCGCAACAACAGCAGUCCCAGUACCCAUCGUACGACAGUCAGAACAACUUUUAUGACUACCAGCAACCCACUGAGCAGAAUCAGGCCUACCAGCACGGCUACCAGGGUGAGCAGCAUAACUACUCGCAGCAGGGUGACUCGUGGAACUGGGGCUGGAACCAGGGUAACCAAGACAACUCGUGGAACUGGGACGACAAGGAGAGCACCGCUGCAAGGACGCAAGAAAAUCCCAGCGUUGAGCAGGUGGAGCAGCAGCUGGCCGACGUCAACCUGAACGAAGCCGGCGAGGUUGUAGAGAAAACGCCUCCUCCGCCGCCGCCACAGCAGACGUACCAGCAGGCGCAGCCUCCGCCAUCUCCUCAACGGCAGCCACAGCCGUCUCCCCAACGGCAACCACCGCCAGUGCAGCGGUCCAUUUCCCCCAUGCUCCAGCAUCCACCUGCCCCGGAGCCUGAGCCUCCUGCGCCUGAGCAAUUUGUGCCUGAUGCGCCUCCACCCGCUGCUGAGAAUCAAGAAUAUCUUAUGCAACCUCUAGAGCGAGUUCAGGAACACUUUACUGCUAACUUUGAGAUCAUGCCUGGAAGUGAAGAGACGCCUCAAACUUUUGAGCAGCAGCCCCCACCGGCAGUUUCUCCUCUGCCGCCACCGCCUCCUGUGUCAUCCCGAGUGACAGUUGGACAAGAUGACCCAUCGCCGUGGCCGACUGUGAUACCGCCACCAGAAAGUGUCGAACAACAGAGGCCUACGCCAUCGCAGUCAACAUCACCGCCUUUGCCACCGCCGCCAGCCGCGGAUAACGUGGACCCUGUAUCGGCAAGCGACCGCAAUCAGUUCUUAGAGACAGGGCAACUGAGUGCAGAGCGGCCAGCGCAGCGCACGGUGCCAGGAGAGAGCCGUCAGAGCCCCGUACCGGGCGGGCCCCGUGUGGUGCCGGGAACCACCGAGCCCGACAACGAGCCUAACGGGCGGCGCAGUGAGACGAUCGGCUCAGAGUGCGACGAGCCAGCCACUGUGCGCACCACUGGCGAGGGCGUAGGUCACCCGACCCCUCCGUUGGCCUCUGGCCCUCCGUCCGUACAACGGACAAGCGCUGAGACUGUGCGUACUACUGGCGAAGGCGUGGGCCGCCCGUCUCCUCCGUUAGCCACUGGUCCUCCGUCCGUUCAAAGGACGGAGACCAUGCGCAACACAGGUGGUGGCGUGGGCCGCCCGACCCCUCAGGUUACCCCUGGCCCUCCGUCUGUUCCAAGAACUAGCGCUGAGGGGGUCAACGACACCCCAAUGCGGCCCGCCGUCCUUAUGAUCCCGAAGAGGCCGCCCACCGCCGAGCGCACCAACGCUGAGGGAACUAAUUCCGAGGUGCGUAGCAGGCCCGUAGCUCCUGCCAGGGCUGUUUCCCUUGGAGAGCAGGGCUCUGCUUUCAAGGAGGUGGGUCGCCGCCGCGCAGAGGGCGAGGCCACUCCUGAUAGGGACCCGGCUCCUGAGUCGGAGCUGGAGGAGGGCGAGAUUUCCGAUUUGGAAAUCAUCUCAGGGGGUGAGUUUGAAAAUGACAGCCGAGAAGCAGAAGCAGAAGAUGCUGCCGCCGCCGCCCAAGAGAAACGCAGGGAGAGCAGUCAGCCCCCGCCAGAGUCCCCGCCAGUUUCACCAGUUGACGACAAAAAAGAAAGGCGUAGGAGAGAAAGGGAAAGAAAAGAGUCUGAUGAGAAACGGCUUGAAAAGAAGCUGGAUAAGUCAAAGGGAAAGCCCCCACGGCCUGGGAAGGAAGAGCCGAAAAAGCGGCACGACAGAGAUAAAGAGUCGCAAGUGAGAGGUCGACGUCGAAAGGAUUAUGAUGACGAUGACAAUGAAGAAGACAGCGACAGCAACCACAGUGAAAAGGGUCGGAGGUAUCGUGGAGACAGGACCCCGGACAGAAAACAUUCCUCGUACAGGUCUGGCCGCCAAAAGGAUUAUUAUCGGGAUCGAGACAGGGAUCUAGGCAGAGAGAGAGAUAGAGAUGACUACAGACAAAGGGAUUAUCGAUACGACGAUGACCUUUAUUCAAACCGAGAGAGGUCGAGACCUCCCAGUCGAGCUGGAUCUGAGGCUCGUCGGGACGCUUAUGAGUCUGACCACCAUGAACGAAACCGAGCCCGCAGCUCCAGGGAUAAAGCCUACUACGGCUACAGGGACCGCUACAGACAUGAUCCUAGAGACCCCUUAUAUGGCCGAAUUUCUAAGAAAAAGAGUACGAAACCUACAGGAGUUUCGCAUAAAGGCUAUGACUACUAUGGCCGGCCAUACGACCACUAUCCGCGGGGCCCGUCGUCGCUGCAGAUGCAAUUCCCUGAGUACAACCUGCAAACGGCCGCUUAUUAUGAGGAACUGCGACGCACGAACCCGGCCGCGUAUGCAGAGUGGUACAAGCGCUACAUUAGCAUGGCGCAGAGCAUCCAGCAGGGGCCGGGAAGUAGCACUGUGGAUGGCUUCAACGACGACAACAGCCGGGGAAGUGUCCACUCAGGGCGCAGCUCCAUCAAUGACGAGCUCAGGUACCUGCGUGCGAGGUCGCCGGCCCACAGUUUGCGUGACGUGUCCUUGAGUUCCCUGUACCUACACCAGGGUCAUCCGUCCCUCCCGCACUCAUUCCUCCCCUAUCACCCCCAGCAAACACUUCUACUUAACACUCCUUCUAAGAUAGGUGCCAGCGCGGCGGUACACGCCGUUGAGGCCACACCCAUCCAAAGGCUGACCCCGGCCAAGUUCUCGAGCGCCCACUCGGAGGCGACGAUCAGCGGUCAGGGCCGUUUGGUGCACGUGCUGCCCCACUACCCGCGCGAGGGCCAGGUCGCCACCGUUUUGGUACAUGACCUGCAGAUCCUUAUGAUGCACGAGCCGAUUCUCUCCGAACUCAGAUCAUUCCCAGGACCCCUCAUCAGUGGUACCACCCACAAGAACAGCGUGAUCCAGUUUUGCAGUCAAAAAAUUAAAAACGCCCAAGGGGAACCAGAAAUGAUUGACAGGGACUCGUAUAUCCUCCUGUGGAAACUCCUAAUUCUUUUGCUCAGACAAAACGGGACCGUGGACGGCGCUGACAUUGCCGAGCUUCUAUUGGAAGACUCCCAGCUUAUGGAGAGUCCGCGAGCGUCCUCCGGGAGUGGUUCCUCAGACUCUGAGGAGGACGUCCGGAGGCCUCGUGCCAAGAGCAAACUAUCUGAGGAGCAGGUGACUUCCCAAUUCCGGAAGCACCUUCUGUUUGGCAACACCAAGGAGGCGCUCGACUGGGCCAUGAAGCACGGACUCUGGGGUCACGCGCUGUUCCUCGCUUCCAAGAUGGACGACCGCACAUAUGCCAGCGUGUUGACCAGGUUCGCCAACGGCCUCCCAAUGAAUGACCCGCUGCAGACGCUCUACCAGCUCAUGUCUCGCAGACAACCUGCUGCCGUUACUGGCGUGUACGAUGAGAAAUGGGGAGACUGGAAGCCUCACCUAGCCAUGAUUCUUUCAAACCCGUCGCGGUCUGAACUCGACCAAAGGGCGAUCACCACCCUUGGAGACACUCUUGCUGCAAGAGGUUGCCUGUUCGCGUCGCAGUUUUGCUAUCUGCUUGCGAAACUUGAAUUUGGCGCUUACGGCCAGCAGCCGCCAGCCAAAUUGUGUCUGCUUGCAUCGUCGGCGUCGCUGCCACUCGAGCACUUUGCCACAAUGGAAGCCAUUCAGUGCACUGAAGUUUACGAAUACGCGCGCAGGCUUGGAAACCCCUCUUUCCACGUCUCGUCUCUUCAGCCUUUCAAGUUCAUUUACGCCAGUCAACUGAUCGACUUUGGAUUCACUGCCGAAGCCCUGCUCUAUUGCGAAGAGCUGGCAAACACUCUUGUCGCGCACCACUGCACUGGUACGCUGGCCACCCAGGUUGUCGAGCUCGCUGACAAGCUCAAGCAGAGUGACCCCUUGUUCAGUCCCAACCAGGAGGAUGGCGAGGAUUCGUUCUAUUCGUCGGACCCACAGUGGCUGACAUCUCUACGACAUCUGGCGAGCCAAAGUCCUUCUUCAACUGAUAACUACUAUCAAAAUGACCAUCCGCAGGCGAGCGAGCAGCAGCAGACACAGGAAGAAUCUGCAUACCAGGAGCAGUGGAAUCAACAGUACUGGCAGCAGCAGCAGUGGCAGCAGCAGCAACAGCAGCAGCAACAACAACAGCAGACCCAGCCUAACGAAAACAUCACCAUGGAAGCGACUCUCCCUGAUAGUGGGGCCCAGCAGCAGUAUCAAAACAACUACUGGCAACAACAACAGCAGCAGUCGCAAUGGUCCGUCCAGGAGGAAAGCCAAGUGCCAAACGCAGAGACGCCAGUGCCUCCUCCUGCUUCACAGCAGCAGCAGCAGCUGUCGCCCAUGCACCAGCCAACGCCACUGACCUCGGUUCCGCAAACGCCUGAGCCGAACCAAAAUGCGACCUUGCAACCAGGCUACAGCAACUACUGGGACCAGUCAAACCAGCAAUCAGAGCAGCCAGAGUGCCUCGGGAGAGACACUCCCGAACGCGACUCUCCGAUUAUCUCUCUGGGUCCGUCGAAGCCGCGCCAGAAGACGCUCUCUGAGUCCUCGUCCGGCUCCAACAAGGCCUCUGCCCCAUCCAAGCCACAGCAGCGUCAAAACCAGGGCCAAAACCAGCACCCUGAACAGGAGGGCAGCGGCUGGUUAAACAACAUCAUCAACAAAAUAUCUUUCCGCCCCAAAAAUCAGAUGAAGCUACCCGACGAUAAGAAUCCACCGAUUGUAUGGGACGAAAAGAGGCAAUGUUGGUUCGACAAAAACGCGGAUGGCACAGAGGACGUUGGUGGAGCUCCACCUGCGCCACCAAAGAUGAUGCAACCUAUCGCGUCAAGCACGCCAAUGUCGUCGCCCGCUGCCCCCGUCGCCAGCAACAACUCGUCCUUGGCUGGCUCCAUGCCGCCUUUGGCAGGCGCCGGCUACAAACUGGGCAGAAACAUGCGUAAGAACUACGUGAACGUACUCCAGCAGAACGGCUCGGCCUUCGCCAGCCCUACUGCCGCCCCCGCUGACCUCUUCCCCGGCAUGGGGGCCACCAACGCUGCGCCCCCGGUUCGCUUUGUGCCUGCUCCAGCUGAGGGAGCGCCCGCCUUGUCUGACUAUAUGACUCCGGCUUCCUCGCCCUUGGUGUCGCCUAGUUCGGACUCGGACAACUCGGGGCAGCAGCUUUCCGAGGAUGAGUUGACAGACAUUUAAAAAAAUUAAUCGGGCAGGCCCAGUGAUGUACAACCCGGGCCAGUUCGCCGCCUCGCAGUAUCAGUGAUGUGAUAGCCGCCUUCGCGGACUUGCAACGCAUGAUUGAUUGGAGCAGAAACAUACAUAUUUGCCACUGUUAAAGAAAAGUUCGGUUCGUUGGUGUGGUCGGUGUGCGAGACUCAAUCUUUCAUCGUUUUGUUACUACUUUUCAUUGAUUUCCCGUUAUAUAUUAUUCAAAAAAGUUAAAUUAUACUAUAACUUGUAAUUUUAAAAAGGUUUAAAAGACAUGCUCGCUCUUGCUUUUGAAGAAAAAAAGAUAAUACCACCCGGACUGACAUUGUGCUGAUACGGAGGUGGGGAAAAGAGUAGAAUUUUACGCUCUCGUAACUUCUCCUCUUUCAGCAUCUGUUAUGAUGCGCUAUACACAGGUUGUUGUUGUAAAUCUAUUCAACAUUGAGAAAUUAAACGAAAGCCAAUAGAA